UACAGGAUAUUCUACGUAUCACACGACUCUCAAGAUCUGAAGAUCUUCAGUUAUAUAGUGAGAGAUGGACAGAGCAAUGUGUUUCGAUGUAACGUCUUCAAAUCAAAGAAAAAGAGCCAAGCAAUGCGAAUAGUGCGGACAGUGGGUCAGGCUUUUGAGGUCUGUCAUAAACUUAGCCUGCAGCACACCCAGCAGAACGCAGAUGGCCAGGAAGAUGGUGAUGCUGACAAGACAUGCACAGAUUCGGGAGUACCAGGGCGGGAGCUCACAGGGGCUGAAAAGCCGGCUGCAGAUGAGACAGACAUAGAUGCAUUUGAGAUUCCCCUCCCUGACAGCACAAUGGACGAGUUCAGUCGCGGAGUCACUGACCUGGAUGUGGCUAAGAAAGAGGAAGAUGUCACCAAGGACAAAAAGCCCUCUGAAGAGCCCAACAUCCUGCUGGCUUCCCCUAAGUUGCUGCUUCCUUCAGACAGUCAGCUGCCGGCUGGUACUCCCCUGUCUGUGCACCACCAGCUCCAGCUGCUCCAGCAGCAGCUCACCCAACAGCAGCAGCAGACACAGGUGGCCGUGGCCCAGGUUCAUCUGCUGAAGGAUCAGCUCUCUGCAGAAGCUGCGGCGAGGAUUGAGGCCCAGGCUCGAGUUCACCAGCUGCUGUUGCAGAAUAAGGACCUACUGCAGCAUAUUUCUCUCCUGGUCAAACAGGUUCAGGAACUGGAGCUCAAGCUGACUGGGAAUGGCUCUAUGGGAUCUCAAGAUAGUCUCCUGGAAAUCACCUUCCGUGCCAAUGUGCCCCCAGUUCUGUGUGACCCCACCACCCCCAGACCAGAGGACGCCAUCCUUCCUCCACUCAACGAUGGGACACAGCUAUCCCUGCCGCUGGGCAGUCCAAUAGGUAGGGACCAGUGCUUGAUCAAGUUUGAGUGUUUCCGCUUUCUUCCGGGACCACCCCAACAGGAGGAGGGUCCUGACACGCCAUCCCAAGGUGUCUCGCCCUCAUCACGGGACGAGCUUCUGGGUAGCCUUGAGCUACUAAAAUUCCGCGAGUCGGGAAUCACAUCCGAGUACGAGUCAAACACAGAUGAAAGUGAUGAAAGCUGGGGACAGCAGGACGAGAGUACCCUACGUCUGCUCAAUGUGCUCAACAAACACAGCCCCUCUGACUGCUUGGAGGAUGAAAUUGCUGUUUUACGGCUGCCGCUUCUGAGUAAAGCUGUUGGAAACUCAGGUGCCUCUGAAUUAGAAGCUGAUGCCCGGGCCCACCUGAUCGCUCUGGAGGCUUUUGAGAACAUUCUUUCUCCUGAAGUUGCCAUGUGCGUGAUCACAUUGUGUCUUUGCUUUUUCUUUCUCUCACACAGUCACAUCUCCCUGGAUUCUUUCCCUCGGCUAGAUCCCCCACCUCCCACUGGCAAAAAGCGUCUCCCACGGGCCCUGAAGACCACCCAGGACAUGAUGAUAUCCUCUGACCCCGUGGUAGCCUCCUCAGAAUCCUCCUUCAUCUCCUCACCUGACAAGAUCUCCAAAGAUAAAGCUGAGCUUCAGCCUGAAGUGUCCGGCACUGAGAAACCUUCAGAACCCGGCGACCGUGUCGACAGCCAGAUGGAGAAGACCAGUUUAGAACUAAAUAACAAGCCCACAGCUGUGGUGAUGGAUGAGAAAAAUUCAGAGGAUGUCGAUCAGUCACAGCUGCUGCUCUCUGUUCCAGAUCUCAUUCACAAAGACAAUCUGGACCCAAAGAAACUGGCCAGCUCAGAAACUAGAAUGGCUUCCACUCCGUGUCCAGGGAAAGGGGGCUGCCGCAUCGGUGUCACUGAGGGGGAAUUGUUGGGGAACGGCACAGUGGAUUACCGUACCCUCAACUUGGAGAACGAAGAAUCCCACCCUGACCUGCUGUCAUUUGAAUAACAGGCUUGAGACCCUCAAGCACAUUCAUUCUCCAGGCUUCCGCAAUGACAACAGAGAGGCUUGAAUCAGUCAUUUAAACUGCUUUCAUUCUGCAUUUCAUAUUUUGCCUUUAUAGCAAAGUACAACUGAUUGUACUUAGUUAUUUUGUAGAGAUGAUAAAAAAAAUUACAAUCGUUUUUUUUAAUCGUAGUACCAUAAUCAAUUGAAAGACUGUAUUUUAAAGUAUU